AUGAGUAGUACUUUAUCGAUGUACGAUGGAUUGGAACCAGAUGUACCGACAAAUAAUUCAACCACCCUUAGCACCGGAGGUACUGAUGGAGUCGGUGGAGCAGGAGAUUCAUUUCGACAAUUUUUGGAGAGAGAUUUGAUCGAGGGAGGCUGCUUGACGUCUCUAGAGGCAGCAGGAAGAUUAAAUUGGUGGUGCGGUGGCAAGAACAGCAGUAGCGUUAGGGUUCUCUGGCCAUUAGCAACCACUGGAGAUGGAAAUUGCUUACUCCAUGCUGCGUCGUUAGGAAUGUGGGGCUUCCAUGAUCGUCUGUUGACUCUAAGGGAUGCUUUACACAAUACUCUGUCUAAAGGCGAAUACAAGGACGCAUUGUUCAGACGAUGGAAAUGGAGGCAGAUGGGGUUGAAUGCCGCCGCGGGGUUGGCGUAUACGGAAACCGAGUGGUUAACUGAAUGGCAAAGCAUUGUGGAAAUGGCAUCUGCGAAUCCACGAUCGCAGACCGCAACUUCUUAUCAGAGUCUUGAGGAGGUUCAUGUCCUUGCACUGGCGCAUGUUUUGCGCAGACCAAUAAUCGUAAUUGCGGAAACUAUGCUCCGUGAUUGUGAAGGGGUGGCCUUGGCACCAAUUCCUUUUGGUGGAGUAUAUCUUCCACUUCAAGUUUCCCCAGCAAAGUGUCACCGGACGCCCCUGCUUUUAGCUUACCACUCAGCUCAUUUCUCUCCUUUGGUAACUGUCGACUGUGGUAAUGAGUUUGCUGCAAGUGCAAACGGAAUUGGUGAUACCACGGGCGUUAGUAUACCUCUUGUCGAUCCUGAUACUGGGCAAUUACUUCCUGUCUUAUUCGCCGUUGACCCUGGCCCAGACUGGGAUUGGACCGCUUCUCAAGAUCUCCUUCUUUGUCAUCAAGAUACUAUGGAGAUUCUUAUCAGAGAUUACUUAGACUGUGAAUAUCAAACACUAACAACAGAAGAUCUGGACAGACUUUCAGACACUGAUGGAUCGCUGACUGGUAAAAGCAAAGCUGCUAAACAGCUACUGGGUGUCGCUAAGCAGUUUGGGUCAAUCGGGAAGUCAAUGAGUAAAAAACUCUGGUCUUCAAUGGCCAAGAGACCCAAGAGUCCUCCGACUUCGGCGUUGGCUGGACUGACUACCGAAGGUGUUCUGUGUGUUAAACUUAAAAGCCACCGGCAUCAGUAUGUUGAUCAGAUGCUACAAAAUUAUCUCCAGUGCGCUCACUCAAGAUACUUGGAGAUGCAGAAAGACGCCUCAGGGACUGAAAUAAAUUAUGGGGCUGGCAAAUCAAAAUUUUAUACUGUCAGUGACAGUAACAGCCAUGCUAGUGUCAGUAAGCUACAACCAAAAAAUACGAAUAAAGAUCGUACUCUAUAUUUAUCAAGGUCAACAUUUUACAACAACAUAACAGCGCCAGAACCGAGAGAAUACAAUGAAUUCAAAAGGAACAGCGGUUCUGUCAGAGAAUGUCUCACUGAAGAUUGUCCAUUUUUCGGAUCGCCUGAAAAUGACUAUUACUGUUCAAAAUGCUGGGCGAACAAUAGCCAACGAUGA